CAAAAAAAAGUAUUAUCAGAUCUUUUCGUCAGUACUGACCAUUUAAUACAAGAGUUUUCAUUGUCCUCUCAUUAAAUAGAAUACUAUAUACCAACGAACUCUGAAUGCGGUAAUAGGAACGAAUUUUAAUUUACUACAUCAUCAAGAAUCGAUUCCGGUUGGUAUUUCACGGUAUUUAAGCCGUAUUGGACACCUUUUUGAAAGACGUUAUUUGAAACUGAUUCACCAGCAUUGCACAUCAACAAGACAAAUGGAAAAUUCUUCAGCUGUGAAAUAAUUGUGAUGCAAGAAGACGUUUAAUCAAACUUUAAUAAUAUUAGGUAUUGACGAUUGUCUGGAACAGUCAGAUUAGAAACAGGAUGUUCUCUGAACUAGCACUGACGGGAAUAGCCCUAGCUUUUUUGGCUUAUUUUUGGAGGAGAUUUUCCAGCAAGCCAGCGUCGAAUUUGCCACCUGGACCAGAGGCGACAUCUGUAUGGGGAAAUUUUAAGGAUUUAGACACAGACGGCGUUCAUAGGAGUCUUCAUAAAUUGUUUGAGAAAUAUGGACCUGUUGUUCAUAUUCGUUUGCUAAAGAGGCAUGUUGUGAUACUGAACACCUCAGAUGUGAUGAGGAAAGCCUUCGAUACAGUCGAAUUUGAGGAAUGCCUUAAUGACAAGGCAAAAGGGUUCUUCGGGACAUAUCUGGUUUAUGGCCAUGCUGAUAUUCUGUUGGGUCCAUACACGGAAAGGACGUUUAGGCUAAAAGAGGUCAUGCACAAAGGCUUACAGCCCUCCAUGUCUACUAAGCAACUGCAGUCAGAGCUACAACAACUGGUUGAUGGUUUCAAAAAUCAAAUUGGAAAAGAUUUUUGUCCUAGAAAGUCCAUUGAAAGCAGUAUUGCGGGAAUCAUGACAAUGCUUAUUGCAGGCGAACGUAAAGACAAUGAUGAGAAAAUUAUAAGUGACUUUGUGUUCUGGUCUAAUAAACUAUUAAGUCCAAGAGUAGAGAGCUUGUUGAAAAAUUUACCAUUUCUUAGACAUUUUCCUGGUGAACCGGGUAGUUUGUAUGCUUUAGCCAAGAAAAAGAGGGAUAUUCUGCUGCAAAGGUUCCUGACUGAUUAUCGUGAAACUUACAAAGCCGGAAUUAACAGAGGACUUGUUGACACUUGCUUAAAUAUACAAGAGCUGGAGACACAGAAAGAUGGAUCGUGUUGGCUGACAGAUGAUAUGAUUAGGGCACUUAUCUUAGACACAAUCGGAGGGGGCUUCGUCUCCACAUCGAACACGAUUUUGGCGACAAUAUUAAACUUGUUAAACAACCGACGCUGUUUGGAUAAGAUGGUAGAAGAGAUCAAUGCAGUUUUAAGCAAUGGAAAGUUCUGUACUUGGGCUGAUGUGAAAAUAAUGCCAUACUGUUAUGCAGUCAUUCUUGAGACCCAGAGAUACUCUACGCUGGUACCGAUUGUUAGCCAUUACUGUUCAACAAAAGAUGUAGAGUUUGAAGGAUAUACUAUACCACGUGACACAAUGGUCUGGGGAAAUAUAUGGUCCGGUCAUCAUGACGAGGCGGCGUGGACAAAUGCAUGGACUUUUAAUCCAGAAAGAUUCCUCGAUAGUACGGGUAAUUUAUUGCCAGAGGAGGAUCCUCUGCGAAAAAGACUUAUACCACUUGGAGUUGGGAAGAGAUACUGUGUUGGAAGUGAUUUUGCCAUGUCGCGAUUGUUCACAUACAUUGUAACAUUAGUGCAGCAUUUUGAUAUUCUGUCUCCAAAAGACACGGAACUAGUUUCAGGCAAUCCAAAUAAUUACACAGGUGGAGCAGUACUACAAGUAGAAGACUUUAUGCUUAGAGUAGAAAGAAGAAACUAAUAUGACAAGAAUCUCAAAAUGCCUGAUAUUAUUGAAAUCAUUACUGAUUUAUAGAUUUAUUUAUUCUAAAAAUAUUUUGUUGUGUGUUUCACUUACGCUUUCAAAAUGACAAAAACACUACGUGACGGUAUAAAACAAAACAAGACAGAACAAAAGAACCAAAGGAAAUAACUUCUUAAUCAUUACAUGUAUUUUAAUUGCAUAUGAUCAGUGUUAUUUUUAGCUUUAUUAUCAGCAUAAAAGCUUCAGAAUUGAACUUAAGGGUUGUUCAGUAUAAAUGUGUAAAUGUCAGUAUAUUGUUAUUUGAAUAGUAUGCCCGAGCUAAAAGGAUACAAUACUAUGUCUUUUGUGUAUUAAUUUAUACAUGACAUAAUUUCAUAUUAAUUAACUUUACAUAUACACUGGAUUUGCUCAUAAUAAGCAGAAUCUGAUCCCAUCGUGGAAUGUGACAGAUAUUUAUGUGUUAAGCAAUUUCAGAAUUUUCUUAAUGAUUAGGAAGAAAUAAAGUUCGCUUAUACAUAUAAAGCAUUUUUUAUAUAUGAUGUAUUAAUAUAUCGUGAACCUAUUUCUAAAUUGUUAUAUAGCUAUAUAUGUAUUUGUCAAAGUAUUUAAUAAAGUUUGUUGUUUUUCUUUA